AUGCGCCCGGCGUCCGUCGUCGUCGGCGUGGACCCCGCGUUUAGGACCGGGUGUAAGCUCGCGGCCGUGGACGCGACCGGCGCGGUCGUCGCGACCGGCGUCGUGUAUCUCCCGGGGUUCGAACCCCGGGGGGCGCGAACCCCGGGAACCCCGGCGCCGGCGGCGUUGAGAGCCUUCGUCGAGGCGCAUGGCGCCACAGCGAUCGCCAUCGGCGACGGGCAGGGCACGCGCGAGGCGGAGAAACUCGUCGCGGACGCCAAUCUCGGCGACGCCGUCGGGUGGAGAGUCGUCAGCGAAGCCGGCGCGAGCGUCUACAGCGCGUCGCCGCUCGCCGUCGAGGAGCUGCCGUCGCUCGACGUUUCGUCGCGCGGCGCGGUGUCCAUCGCUCGGCGGCUUCAGGACCCGCUCUCGGAGCUCGUGAAGAUCGACCCGCAGUCCUUGGGCGUGGGUCUGUACCAGCACGACGUGAAGGAGGCUGAGCUCGCGGGCGAGCUCAGCGCGGUGGUGGAGUCGGCGGUGGCGGAGGCGGGGGUCAACGUGAACACGGCGUCCGCGUCGCUCCUCGCGCGCGUUCCGGGGCUGUCCAAGUCCAUCGCUGGGAAGAUCGCGAGUCACCGCGACGCGAACGGCGCGUUCGCGGACCGCGCCGGGUUGUUGCGCGUGAGAGGGUUGGGCGCGAAGACGUUCACGCAGUGCGCCGGGUUCUUGAGGGUUGACGGCGCGGCGGACGCGUUGGAGAUGACCUCGGUGCAUCCGGAGAGUUACGACCUCGCGCGCGCGGCGCUUCGAGAAAUUCUGAGCGACGGGUUCGUCGAAGACGCCUUCGGCUGCGGGGAGGAUGACGUGGACGUGGUCGAAAUCGACGACAGCGACAGCGACGGCGACGGCGACGUCGUGUACGUGGGAACGACGACGACGACGACGACGACGACGACGACGACGACGACGAAGACGACGACGACGACGACGAGCGGCGGUACAAAACGGAAACGCGCCUCGAGCGGCGGCGCGACGGCGUCGUCGUCGUCGUCGACGACGACGACGACGACGGAGACGCUGGCGCGCGCGCGCCCCAUCCUCGCGCGGCUCCUGACCCCCGCGCGCUCGCCGCGCGUCGACGCGCUCGCGACGUCCCUCGACGCGCACCCGCUCGCGCUGCGUGGCGUCCUCGCGUCGCUCGCGGCGAAGCCCGGCGCGGACGAUCGACGCGGCGCGGACCGCGCGUCGCUGCUGCGAACGCACGCGGCGACGGCGAAGGACUUGGGCGUCGGCGACGUGCUGGACGGGGUGGUUCGUAACGUCGUCCCGUUCGGCGCGUUCGUGGACGUCGGCGUCGGCGACUCCGGGCUCGUGCACCGGUCGACGCUGGGAGCGGGAUCGGCGGGCGCGGGCGGGGGCGGGGGCGGGAGGGGACGUCCGGAGCCGCACGACGUGUUCCGAGCGGGGCAGUCCGUGCGGGUGAAGGUCACGGGUUUGGACCUCGCGCGCGGGCGGAUAUCGUUAGCUUUAGCGGAGUAGAUCGAUUAGGU